UUGGAGCCGGCCAGCCCCGGCACCUCCCGCCCGCGCAGCUGAUGGAGCCGCAGCCAGAACCGGCGCCACAGAGGCCGGGGAGCAUCUAAGCGGGUUGGAGGAGAGGCGCCCCCCACCCCAACCUCCCCAGCCCCAGCCGCGGUUCUCCUCUGCCGGCCGGACCCGCCGCUCCCUCGGGUCGCGAAGCCCCACCGCAGCUCCUGAGCCCACCUCCCCAGUUUGCAGCUCCGGGCUUGAGUUUUGUAAGGAAGUCUUUCGUGGAGGAAGGCAAAAAGAGGAGAGUUAUGUAGGUCUGGGGGACAUGGACUCGGGGAAGAGGAAAGGAAGCUACGCAGAAAGACUUCCAGGGCCUGGGCCCAGGGUUGCAAUGGAGACUGUGUCCCUGGAGCAUCAGAUCCAGAGUGUGCAGCGGCACAUUGCCUUCUUGAAGAAGGAGCAGAUGGAGCUACUGCGAGACCUGCACCUGGAGAUUCUGCGCCUGCAGAAGCACUGCUCAGAACUGACCCGUGACCUGGAAACCAAAGAGUCACAGUCAGACCAGCAAGAGGAGGCGUCGCGGCAGCUGGAGGCCAAGUGCCGGGCGCUGGAGGAGCAGCUGGCGGCGCGGGAGCGAGGCAACGGCGAGCUGCGGCGGGAGCUGCGGCAGCGGGACGCGCUGGUGUGGGCGCUGCGCUCCAGCCUGCGCAGCAAGGAACGCCGCUUCCUGGAGGAGCUGCGACGCCGCAGCCACCGAGCCACGGUGCUGGGCACCGAGCUGCAGAAGCAGAGCGAAGCGGCCGCCUACCUGGCCUUCCAGCUGCACGCGGCCCGCCAGAAGCUGCACGGGGCGCCCCGCGCCGGCCCGGCCGCUGUCGGGGGUGCUGCCGCCUCCGGGGGCGCGGCAGCGGCCCCCUCGGGAGGAGGCCGGGACCGCGCCCCGCCGCCCGCCGACGGGCGGGCCAGGAAACGGGGACCCCGCGCCCGCCGCCCGCCGCCGCCCCCGCCUUUGUCGCUGCUCCCGGAGCCGUGCGCCCUGGGCAGCGCCAGGGACUGGGCUGCCUGGGAGCUGGGCUGCAGGCUGGACGAGGCCGAGCCCGAGCCCAUGCCCGACCCCGCCCUCUUCCUCAACGCCCGCAGACCUCCGCGGCCCAAGGCCCGGGACAACGCCCACCCAACCUGCGCCAGCCCCCGCAAGCCUCCGCCCCGGGAGCCCCCUGAUGCCGCUGCGGCCGCCCCCGCCCCCGCCCAGCCCCGAUCCUGCAAGAGUCCGCCUGGGAGGCGGCCGGCCGCCCCCAACCCCGACAGCUCAGUCGACCUGGAGUAGGGAGCAGCCUGGGGGCAGGGGUACAGCGAGAUGGGACAGGACCCCUCCCACCCUGGGGCAGACAGAGGGCCCUUGGCGGAGCUCACGUCUCCCCUUAGGCCGAAAGCUAGAGCCCUGGAACGGACUGUCCAGGGAGAGUAGGCACACCGGAAGCGCCUCGGACGCCCUGCUUGGGCCUAGAGAAGUGAGAGAAGGGUCUGGGCCAAGUAGAGGUUGGCAAUGGGGGACCCUGCAACUGAGGGGGGCGGGGGGAUGAUGGAGGGACCAGCUUUCCUCCACCCCAACCAUCAUUUAUAUUAAGAGACUUCGCUGAAGCUUGGUCACUUACCCCCACCGCUCACAAAGAUACCCCUUUGCCCUUUGGGAAGGAAACAACCAGGCCCCUCUUUGAAAGGAGGGGAGGGGAACGAUGGGGAGAGUAAUUGCACAUUUUUGUAAAAAAGGAAAUUAUUUAGCUAUAUUAUCUUGUAUAUCCCCCUUCCCGGUGAGAGGGUCGGAGGGAGAAGGUCGCAGGGAAUAAGCUGACAAUCUUGGGCGGGGGUGGGCUGGGGGUGAGGGACACGGAAAAAGAGAAGAUUGCAUACAAAUGGUCUUCUAGGAGUUUAGAGCGAGGGAGAAAGCUGGUGGCCAGGGAAAAGAGGGCAAAUCCUGCUGCCUCUGGUUUUCCCUGAGACCUUGGAGCUGCCCUCUCCUACCCCGUCCCCGCCCUGCAUGGCUCCCGCGCCCCCUCCGCAGAGCAGACCUAGCCGUAGCCGGUGCUGCUGUCUGGCAGAAGGGGCGCGGGGCGGGCCCGAAGCUCCCCCUGAGAACGUGAGUAUACCCCCUUUUGCAUCAGCUUUGCAAGCAAGCACGGAACACUUUACCCACACCAGCCCCCCCCCCCUUCACUCCCACCCCAAGCCUAACAGCCCUCAGGGGAUCCAAGGAGAAGAAUCCAUCUAGUUGGCGUCUUUGCUACUUGUUUCUGAGUUUGUCCCUCCCAAAGGAUGAGUGGGUGAGGUGGAGCUGAAGGGAGGGAAGAUCACCCUUUCCUGCAGCUUCUGCUGUUGCUGCCCUCGGCCCCCCUGGGGCCACGUGGGGAAGUUCUGUUCCCAGAUUGUUGUAGGAGGGGUUGGGGAUGGUAACCGGGCCGGUUACCUUGAGAGGAUUUCUGGGGCCUUCUUCAUUGGUCCUCAUUUCAGCUGCAUUCCAAUUAGCUGGCUGGGGAUGAAGGGAGGGGCUGGCUGCCGGGAAGUGAAAGUCAUUAAUGUAGGUGUGGAGUCAGGGGGUGGGGGUGGGGGUGGGGGUCCUCAGAGUUGGAUUACAACACCCCUGCCCCACUGCUUCCAACUUGAAAUUUCCUGGAGACACCUUCCCCCAUGGGGAUGCUAGAUCGCCUGAUGUCCAUUUUGCUUAGGUAGUAAUGGGGAGGGGGGAGGGGGGGGAAGGGAGCAAGUAAAGGAUGGAGAGAGAGGCACUCCCUGAUGCUCACAGCCUCAGCUUCCAACACCGGCUUCUGCCCCGGGGGCCUGAUGUGCUCCCUCACUCCUGGGAACAAGGAGGAAUUGGAAUCCAGGAAAAGGAGGGGGCCAAGCAUAGCCACAGGCCAGGCCUAGGUAUUGGCGGGGGAGAGAGAUACACAGGCUGCCUCCUACCCAGGACACUCGGUUGCCUUGGCUGAACGUUGGGGGGCAGGGGUGAUGGACUUGUACCAUGCAAACAACGUAUGCUGCUCAGCCAUGGAAUGGGUCUGGGACCCAUUUUUGGUUCUCUGGCUGCAGGCUAUGCCAGUCUGAACAUCCCCCCAGAACCGAGACUGGCAAUAACCAAAUCCUGAGAACAAGAAAAACAGUGUAGGCAGAAGCCACAUUUCUCUGUUUUCCCUUAAUUUCUCUACCUACUCUGGGUUCCUCUCUCCUGCUUCCAAAAACAGAAGAGCAUCCCUAGCCCCUGGGAAUCCAGUCAGGGAGAGUCCAGCCCCCUAGUAGCUCCCGCAUUGUGCCUAAGUGCAUAAGUGCCUGUGAACAGUCUUCCAGAGAGUUGGAAAAGAGAAUGUUUGGAGGGGUUUCGGGGGGUGGAGAGGGAAAGAGCUGGGCCUUCAUCACACACACAUCCACAGUUCCUGGCUCAUCCAACAGGCCUCAGCCCAGAUCCUAUUUUCCAAAUAAUUUUGAUUUCUCAGCCUUUUUCACCUUUGGGGGGAAUUCAAGAACCUGCUCCCAUCCACCCUAGAAAACCCACUCAGGUGCUGGAAACGUUGGGAGGUGGGGCAGGGUCAAGGCAGGAAGUAGUGUUCGUGGUGGUGGUGGGGGGGUGUCUCUGUUUCAAGAGAGGAAAAGUCUGAAAGGGAAGAGGACAAGUGUCUGAAAAAGAUCCUUGGGCUAAGCGACAGGCUGAGGGUCCUUGUCCAAGAUGAGGGAAACCAGAGGGGCCCUAUAUUCAUCCCCCAUUCCCUCAGAAAGGACGUUUUGAAAAAGGUUUCCCUCCUUCAUCCAAAACUGGGGGAUAGGGAAGCCUGGUCACUGUUGAUCUGUCUUCUGAAAGGUCGAACUGGACAGCUCCCUCGUUCCUGGGAAGUGAUGAAGGAUACUGCAGUCCCUGGCAAGCGAAUGCCCACUCUCAGUGCACAGGCAGAAGCCCAGAGCAAAUGUAGACAGUUGUCACCAGGCAGUUAUCCUGGUGUGACACAGCCUCUUGAGGAAUCGAUCUAAGAUACCCCCAACUCCUUACAGACCCCUUGGGACCAAGAGGUGGCCUGUUUACCUGACAGACCCUUUCCCUGGGGCAGAAUGUCUGCUCCCCUUCCCCCAGCUUUGGUAGUGAAACUGUUAAAGCCUCCAGGUCUGCACACUUCCCUGGCUGAUUAAAUAGCGUCCCUUUCCCUUCCCCCCUCCAGGUUCUAGUCUCAGUUUUCUUUCCUCACCUGAGUCUUACUUUCAUGGUCUCUAUUUCACACACUCUCCAGGGCUCAGCCUCACUCUUUUUGUCUCACUCUCCGUCCCCCUAAGAUGGGACCUGGGACAGGUGAGGGAAGAGAAAAUACAGGGUGUCUCUCCUGUGGCAGCGACACACUGUCCUUCUCCCAGGAGUGCACACUUGGGGAGCAUGGAGUGACUUUACUAGUUUAUUUUCUUCUGCAGUAGUAGGGAGGGGACUUUCCCUAUCACCUAAUAAAAACCAUGGCUUCCUCAGCCCUGUUGCAAUAGUCCUUCUCUCCCUCCCCCUGACUUGGCUCCUCAUCCCCAGGGCACCAGGCACUUUCCAGGGAAGCUUCGCCCACACAGAAGUCACCACCUAGCCUGACCAGCCUCUCCCCCGGUGACCCCACCUGGGCUUCCAAACCUGCCUCUUCCACAUGCCCUCCCCGUCUUGGUAAAUGGAGAUAAUAACACUUAAUCAUUUUCAGGGUGCUUAGAGAUCCCCAGAUGAAAGGCCGUGGGUGCUGGGAAGCAGGGGGAGGGUCACUGCACACUUAGCUGAGGUGGGAGGAAGCAGAGAAUAUGGGGGAAGGAAGGAAACUCGGUCUCCACACUCUGACACACUACCACUACCACCAGCACCUGGCAGUGUCUGGCACAUAGUAGGCUCUUAAUAAAUGCUUGUUAACUGACUGACCACUCAAAUUGAAAAUCCUGCUAGGCCUGGGGGAGGGAUGCCAAAUUGACAACCAUCCAGAAACUCUACCUCCAGAGACACUCUCAAGGGGGCAGCUGGGAGAUGGGGCAGGGAUCAUAGACUCAUGGAUUUAGAACUGGGAGGGACCUCAGAGGUCAGCUAGCCCAACCCCUUCAUUUUACAGAAGAGGAAACUGAAUCCUGUGGCGUUUAAGUGACUUACCCAGUGUCACACAGGACAUUAGUUUCAGAGGUAACAUUUUAACCCAGGUGCUCUGACUACAAAGUAAAUGCUCUUUUCUACUGAAUAGGAACAAGGCCCUGAUAGGAAAGGCAAUAGGGUCAAAAAAGUAGGCCUCCUCCCUAUCCCCUCCCCCCAGUCCACCAAAUACUGACCCCUAUCUUGUGCCCUUACCCCCACCUUUCUCCUGCUUGCCUUUCUCCCUAGCCCUAUCUCCUGCCUCUCUGAUGAGGAUGGGGAUAAGAUGGGGGUGGGAAUUUGCUAUAAAACAGUCAGGGAGAGGUUUCCUUCCCUCUGCCCCCCUGAGGUUGGAAGGUUUAAGGCCUGCAAUCUGGCCUGUUCACAGGUGCCUCCCCCUCCCCUCAGGCAUGGGCAUAGCACAAACCAGAGCUGUAUGAUCCUGGCAAGGUAGGGAUCUGGGUUGUGCCAUCCCACUAAAGGCUCCAGAGAGGGAGAUCUCUUCUUGACUUGGGGGUGGGGGGCUCAUCAAGGAAAGUUAAAUAUUAGGGGAGCUGCAGCCCUAUGGGUACCUGCCUUUCCUCCUCUCCCCUCCCUCUCUGCUUUUGAAAUGCUGCUGAUAUUUUAUUAAAAACUACAAAUCGCACUUUGAUCUCUCUCCGGUCCCAUGGGGAGGACUAAUUAAUUCAAUCCUACAUUAGGCCAAGGUGUUCAAAUGGGGUGUGAGCAGGUGUAUCAACUAAGGCCAUUGUGCCCACUGGGAGGGAAUGCCCAUUGUAAAACCUUCCCUAUGCCACAAAAUUUACUCUCCACCCGACCGUGAUGGCACACCUAGUUUGCCUUGAUUCCCACAGAAAAUAUCUUUAGGACUAGAAUGAAGGGGAAGGGAAUCCAACUGUCUCAUUCCCCCCAAGUAAGCUCUGAGGAUCUAGAGAGUGGGUUGGCCCAUCUACCUGGGAGGCCAGGUGUUUCCCAUCCCAAUCUCAGACCUGGGUAGCUCCCCAGUCUGAUAUUUUCAGGCUAGAAAUAUGAACUCUGUCCUCAUCAUUCCUCUACCUACACAGAUUCCCCUUUCUGAUCAGGGAUCAAUAGAGAUAGAAAUUCCCUCCCUCCUUGGGAAACAUACCAGGUUCAGAAGAGCCCCCACCCUCUAAAGGUACGGUUCACCUAGCAUAGGGCUGGAGGGGGAGAGGGUUGUGGCAAUAGCUCUCUAUCUUCCCCUGGGACGGCCCAUUUGGUGAAAGUGGGAAGCCAUUGGGUAGCCUAGAUGGUGUGGGUCAUGGUAGGCCUGGGUUUCCCCUUGGGAAGGAGAGUGAUGGGGAGAGAGCCCAAGAACACAGGGCAGAGAGGGAGGUGCUGGGCUUUUGAAAUCCAGUGCUUUUCAAAGUAUAUUCUCUUCAGAUCACCCACCCACCCACAGAAUUAGAGCCGUGUGCUGUAAGCGUGACUGUGGUAUGCCUUAUUCUUAAUAAAAACACAAGGAAAAACAUGAGCAGUGUCUUCUCUCUACCUUGGCCUGGAGGUUGGGGAGAAUUAUUGGUGGGAUGAACAGGCUGGUCUGAGUUGGCUCACCCGGGGAGAGGGCUGACGUAUGUGUGAGAGGCACGAAGGCAGGGCACGAGAGAAAG